UAGAAUUUGGUCCGUAGACGUCAGAUUUCCGGGUAAACAUCUAGUUUUAGACGGACAGACGCUUUCCCUGUAAGUAAUGAGUGACAGUCCUGAGUCUGUCCAGAUGGAGGAGGUCCGGCAGAGGGCCCAGUCGCUCCUCUCGUCGUCGGGUUCAGCCCAGGAUGUGAAGGCUGAGGUCCUGACGUUGGCCAGCAUCGCUCUGCCUGUUUCAGAGAAGUACCUUCGUCUGACAGCAGAAGAGAUGCUGAAGGAGAACACGGCUGGUCGCAGCAACCUGGAGGUUUUUGAGUCGUUGAGUAAACUCGUCAAAGCUUUGAGCAUCCUGGAGAAAUACGGGUGCAACCUGACCAGUCCCACCAGGCCCAGAUACUGGAGGAGCGUCAAACACAACAACCCCGUCUUCAGGACCACCGUGGACGCCAUCAAGGGAGGCCGGAGAGUCCUGUUUCUGUACGGAUACACCAACCAGCAGAUCGAUGGCCUCAGUUUUCCUGAUGAAGUCUCCGAGCCAGAUUGUGACAAUGUGGCUGCAGUGACCCUGGAGGUGAUGACGCUGCGCACAGAAGUGGACAUGCUUCUGAAAGGCAUCCAUCCUCAUCCAGAAUGCUUCCAAGACAUCAUCCCGUGUCUUAUCCAGCAGGACCCGCCUGAAGACUCUGUUGCAAAUGUGCCUGGAGACAAAGGAGAGGGAGAAAAACCCCACACCACCCCUUCUUUAGUGAAACCAACUCCAUUGCCCAGGCAGACACAACCUCCAAGAACACCAGCAGCUCCCCCUGCAGUCAGUUUGUGUAAUUUGUGUGGCGGAGAUUCGUCACUUCUUUGUCCGUCCUGUGAGGAUAAGCCUUUCUGCGACGCCUGUGACGACCUAUAUCACCGCCACCCAUCCAGAGCCAAUCACAAGAGAGACAAAAUCCAGAAAACCCAACAGGAGACCUGUAGUAUCUGUGGUAUUUCUUCUGUCCACAUCCAGUGUUCCACCUGCAUCCAAAGGUUGUGUCUGAACUGUGACCGGCUCUUCCACUCCCACCCUGACCGCAGAGGACACAGCAGAACCAACCUGGCUGCCGCUGCUACAUCCAGUCCGUCCCUGUCCACCUGGGAGUGCGCUCACUGCACCACCGUGAACGAGAUUAGAGCUGUCCUUUGCACGACGUGCGAUCGUCCUCGACUCGCCACUCCGGCAAUAACCGCUCAGGACGGCUCCGGGUCCGGUCCAUCGUCACAAAACACCGAGUGGGAGUGUAAGAGCUGCACUGUUGUGAACCAAGGCAGCAGCAUCCUCUGCGAGGUGUGUGAGCGCCCUCGUCUGGCCACUCGCCCGCCUGCCCCAGCAGCACCAGAGUCUGGGUCAAAGUGGACCUGCCAGUUCUGCACCUUCGUCAACUCCAAGCCCUUGGCUGUGUGCGAGAUGUGCAGCCUGCCCUCCAAAGACUCGGCCGGGGUUUCUGCGCCUCAGUCGCUCCAGCAGCCGCCGUCCUUCACUAAGGAGCAGCCUGACCUCAGUGGGAAGCCUCAGCCGAAGCCCAGAGCCAAUCUGGAUCUAAAGAGACAGAAGAUGCUGAGGGAGGACGGACUCACACUCAUCCAACAGAUAAAAGAGGCAGAAAAGCAUGGUGUCAGCCCCGAGGAGGUGUACGCAGCUCUGAGCAUGUGCGGCGGCAGCAGCGUAAACCCCUGCAACUGGCUGAAGUCUGAGCUGCCCCACCUGUUGGACGAAAUCUGCGCCAUGGCCGCUUCUGUCCAGCUCAACUACAGAGAGAAGAACAGCGGGACGCAGCUCGCCGUCGAGAGGGAUGGAUCGCUGUCUGAGCAGAACGUGAAGCUGUCCAGAGCCGAGGCCAAACUGGCCUGGCUGGCGGCGGGAGGAGACAAGGACAAGGCUGUGAGACAGCUGCUGAGAGACAGACAGGUCAAGAUGAGAGAGCUCAACUUCCUGGGCUUCCAGGAUAUGCCCCAGUGCGAGGAGGCUCUACGGCAGAGCGGAGGGGACAUCAGAGGCUCUCUGUCUCUGCUCCAGCGCCCCCUCAUGGAACCUUUCCACCAGCGCAUCUGGCUCGACCAGCCCGAGCCGCCGAUCAAUCCCAGACACCCAGACAAGCAGAGGAUGUGCAGGCGCCUGCUGGCGUUGUACGACUUGCCCAGCUGGGGGCGCUGCGAGCUCGCCCUGUCGCUGCUUCAAGAGCCAGAUGUAAAUUACUCCCUGGAGGAUGUGGUGCAAGCCGUGAAGGAAUCUCAUGACAAAGAGUUCAUCAAGCGUCUCCUGAACACGGAGUGUCCCGUCUGUCUGAGCAUCUUUCCCCGCAGCAAGAUGCAGUCUCUGACGUCCUGCCAGUGCUCCGUCUGCCACGAGUGUUUCCGGACGCACUUCACCAUCGCUGUCAGAGACAAACACAUCAGGGACAUGGUGUGUCCCGCCUGCUCCGAGCCGGACAUCAACGACCCCGAGCAGCUGGACAGCUACUUCUCCACGCUGGACGUCCAGCUGCGGGAUUGCUUGGACCCUGAAGUGUACGAGCUGUUUCACAAAAAGCUGACGGAGCACACGCUGAUGAAAGACCCAAAAUUCCUCUGGUGCUGUCAUUGCACCUCCGGCUUUAUCAACGAUGGGAACCAGCUGAAGGUCACCUGCCCAUCGUGCCGCAAGAGUUUCUGUGCUCAGUGCAAGAAACCGUGGGAGCCUCAGCACCAGGACGUGUCCUGCGAGCAGUUCCAGCUGUGGAAGAGGGAGAACGACCCGGAGUACCAGAGGCAGGGCCUGGCCGGUUAUCUGAGGGACAACGGCAUCACGUGUCCUGAGUGUAAGUUCCAGUACGCUCUGACCAAAGGCGGCUGCAUGCAUUUCACCUGCUCCCAGUGCCGCCACCAGUUCUGCAGCGGCUGCAACAACCCCUAUUACAAGACUGAAUGCAAGGUAGCUCAGUGCAAAUAUGCAGGCCUGCACGCUCAUCAUCCUCGAGACUGCCUGUUCUAUCUCAGAGACUGGGAUGCAGAUCGACUACAAGAUCUCCUGCAGAGGAGCGGUGUGCCCUUCAACACGGAUCCUUCCAAUGAAACCCAAACGGACACAUGUGGCGUGAUGGAGCAGAAGGACGAAGGCGGCCAGCAGGCCGAUUCUCCGUGUGGCGGCCAGACGCAGCCGGGACAGGCCGGACUCUGCAUGAAACACUACAGGGAGUACCUGGUGAGUCUGAUAAAUGGCAACUCUGUGGAUCCGGCUGUUCUGUACGAAACCCAGGAGCUGGUUAUAGCCUGUGACAGAUACCUGGUGGACUCGAGGAGAGGUGAAGGAGAGGAAGACAACGCUUACAACGCUCGCCUGCUUAAGAAACUGAUGGAGGUUCCUCUUGGAGAAAAAGUUCCUCGAAACAAAUAAACUAAAACCUGAGAUCAGAAAUCAGUUCUGUGAAACCAGAUUAAUUCGUACCUGAGGACAAACACAUUUCUGUGGUGGGUUUUUGUUUUCCCAAACAUAGUUACCCAGUGGGUGUUUUUGUUUUGGUAAAGAACAAUCUAGUUUUACAUUUUCUGCACAUUUUAUCUUGUUUUUGUGCCUUAAAAGGAUUCAGUUCUGAGGAACAGUUGAAGGAGGUGAUCCAUGGUGUUAUUUUUCUGCAGGAAUCUGAACGUUUUGGUUUAUUUUAUUGAAUAAAGAAGCUGCAUGUAGAGAAACAAGUGAAAAGAUGUGAUGUUGAUGAGAUUUUUGUGAAUAUGUUAAACUUUUCUCCUUCUUUGGUGUUCAUGUGAUUAAAUCAGAUUAAAAACCAGAACAAUCAAUGAUUUCAACUAAAAA